GCUUAUGGCGCUGGCCAACUUCAUCUGGUGGGCAUCUGGUUUCAGGUCGCGGUCGUGUGCGGCCUCCUCGUCAGUGUCCCCGUUGCGCUGAUGAACUUCUUGACCGAGACAAUCCUGCAGCCGUUCGGAUACGAGGAGGAGCAGCUGGACCUCGCACAACGAUACGCCGUCCUGAUCACAAUCGGCAUAGUUCCUCAGAUGGCUUUCGAGCGUUUUUUCCGGUACCUGCAGUCCAUCGCAGUUUUCGUGCCGACGAUGCUCACCAUGCUUCUUACCGUGUGCAUCUAUGCGGCGAUUGCGAUGCCAUUGGUUUACGGGGCUUUCGGCUGGAACGGUUUGGGCUUUGACGGCGCGCCGUUGGCUGUAUCUAUCGCGGCGUGGCUUCAGCUCGCGCUGCUGUGGCUGAUCGCUUGCCGCCUCGGCCGCAAGCACGAGACGACUUGGCCUGGCUGGCAUUGCCUGCGCGAGGCCGGCUCUGAGCUCUGGCGAUUUCAGCUGCUCAGUGCGUUUGCGGGCUUGCUCGGCGAGGUUGAAUUAUCCGCCCACAUGAUCGGCUUUCGCGUGAUCUACAUCGGUUACAUUUGCGUCUUCUCACUGUCGCUGGCCGGAACGCAGCGCGUCGGCUCAGCAUUGGGUGCUAAUCGCCCGGAGGCAGCGAAACGGAGUUGCUACGUUGGCGCCAUGUUUGCGGCGUGUUGCGCCCUCACUCUGGGUGUUGUCAUCACCACUCAUCGCGACCUCUUCGCUCGUGUAUUCACCGACGACCCGGCGCUGAUCGAAGAAUGCAAGUCGCUUGCGCCCGAGAUAGCUUUCUCGCAGUUCUUCAUGACCUUGGCAGACUACUUCAUUCCGAUGUUGAAUACGCAAGG